AUGGAGAAUAUCGAUGAUUUUCAAUUUCCUCAUACAUUCGUUUUAUUGGGAGCAUCAGGUGACCUCGCAAAGAAGAAAAUAUAUCCUACAAUUUGGUAUUUAUACAGGGAUAAUCUUCUGCCUAAAAAUACAAAGUUUAUAGGUUAUGCGCGAACUAAACAAACUAUUGAAGAGGUUCGAGAAAAAUCAAGGAAGUAUAUGAAAAUAAGACCUGGCGACGAAAGUAAGUUAGAAGAAUUUUGGGAAGCUAAUGAUUAUGUCGCUGGUUCCUACGAUAAGAGAGUUGACUAUGAGUUGCUCAAUCAACACAUUAGUAAAUACGAAAAAGGACUGGUAGCAAAUAGAAUUUUUUAUUUAGCCGUUCCACCUACAGUAUUUGAAGACGUUACGAUCAAUAUUAAGAAUGCUUGUGUGUCAAUCAAGGGUUAUACAAGAGUUAUAAUUGAGAAGCCUUUUGGGAGGGAUGAUGUCAGCUCUGAUAAAUUAAGCAAUCACUUGGCAGGACUCUUCAAGGAAGAGCAGCUUUAUAGAAUCGAUCAUUACCUUGGUAAGGAAAUGGUUCAAAACUUAAUGACUAUACGAUUUGCUAAUCAAAUAUUUAGUCCCUCUUGGAAUAGGGAAAACAUUGCAUCUGUACUCAUAUCCUUUAAAGAACCAUUUGGAACAGAAGGCAGGGGUGGAUAUUUUGAUGACUUUGGCAUUAUUCGCGACGUGAUGCAGAAUCAUUUACUGCAAAUUUUGUCACUUGUUGCUAUGGAGAAACCUGUUACAUUAAAUCCAAAUGAUAUAAGAGAUGAAAAAGUUAAAGUUCUGCGUCAUAUAAAACCAAUAGAAUUAGAUGAUAUUCUUGUUGGGCAAUAUAUUGGAAAUCCAAAUGGUCAAGGCGAAGAAAAGUUGGGUUAUUUAGAUGACCCUACUGUACCUAAAGAUUCAAUUACUCCAACAUAUGCUGUUGCUGCUAUAUAUAUUAACAAUUCAAGGUGGCAAGGAGUUCCAUUUAUUCUGAGGUGUGGCAAGGCUUUGAAUGAAAGAAAAGCAGAAGUAAGAGUCCAGUACAAGGAUGUACCUGGUGACAUUUUUGGAGGUCACACCAAACGUAAUGAACUUGUGGUAAGAGUGCAGCCUGGAGAAGCUUUAUACUUGAAGUUGAUGUGCAAGUCCCCAGGAAUGAAGUUUGAUUUAAUGGAAACAGAAUUGGAUCUAACAUACAGUAUGCGCUACAAGGAAACAGAUGUCCCUGAUGCUUAUGAGAGGCUUAUCCUUGAUGUAUUUACUGGUACUCAGAUGCAUUUUGUAAGAAAUGAUGAGUUAAAAGAAGCCUGGCGAAUCUUUACGCCAGUUUUGCAGCAACUAGAAGAACAACACAGGAAACCAAUCCCAUAUGUUUAUGGUUCCCGUGGGCCACGAGAAGCAGAUGCCAAACUUGCUGAGUAUGAUUUCAAAUACUCCGGUUCCUACAAAUGGCAAAAACCAACAGCUUCAUAA